CCCUCACACAUACACAUCCCUUCCCGCCUCCAUUCUCUUCUCAACCCUAAUAUCCCCUCCAAAAACCUCCAGACAUCAGCCAUGAAAGUACCUGAAAAUGAAGUAAAAGCUCUAACAAAUUCCAUAACUCAGCUCCUCAGUUCUCUCUCCAGCUCAGUCCCACAAGCCCAGUGCUUCAAAAGUAAAUGGUCUAUCAUUUCUUCGAAACUCUCCACUCUGGAAUCCCUUGUUUCCGACCUUUGUAACUCAUGCUCGGCUACCACAACCAGCGCCACCGGUUCUCUAGCCGUAGACCUUCUUCAGAGUCUUGUCACUACACUCACCGACGCGCUCUCGUUGUGCAUGCUCUGCCACGCGCCGACCCCGCCUCACGGGAAGCUCAAGACUCAAAACGACGUCGACUCGAUCACGGCUAAGCUCGACAACCACACCAGAGACCUCGACGUUCUCAUCAAAAGCGGCGUUCUCCUCCACCCCCAGAACGCCGUCGUUGCAGCAGCGCCAGCAGCAACGACACCGACUAGAGAAUCCGUCCGGGCCGAGUUCCGCAACCUCAUAACUCGUCUUCAGAUUGGCUCCACCGAGUCGAAGAAUUCGGUUCUUGACUCGGUGCUGAAUCUUCUACAAGAGGAUGACAAGAACGUUCUCAUCGCGGUGGCGCAGGGGAUUGUUCCGGUGCUCGUCAGAACACUGGAUUCCAACACCCAUCAUCUGGAAAUGAAGGAGAAAAUCGUGGCGGCGAUCGCUAAAAUCUCAACCGUUGAUUCCAUUAAGCAUGUUCUGAUCGCGGAAGGUCUCGGCUUGCUGAAUAAUCUCCUCCGGGUUCUGGAAUCUGGCAGCGUUUUCGCCAAGGAAAAGUCCUGUAUAGUCCUCCAAGUACUGAGCAAUUCCAAGGAAAAUACGAGGGCAAUUGGGUCAAGAGGAGGGGUUUCGUCAUUAUUAGAGAUUUGUAACGAUGGUACCCCAAAUUCACAAGCUAUGGCUGCUGGAGUUUUACGUAUUUUAUCCGUUUAUCCGGAAAUUAAGGAGAAUUUUAUCGAGGAAAACGCUGUAAUGAUCUUACUGGGGCUGUCGAAUUCAGGCACUAUAUUGGCACAGGAAAAUGCUAUAGGUUGUUUGAAUAAUUUGGUUGUUAAGGAUGAUAAUCUUAAAUUGUUGAUUGCUCGAGAAGGCGUGAUCGAGAGCAUGAAAAACUAUUGGGAUUCUAUUAAUUCAGUUCAGAAUCUCGAGGUUGCAAUUGUUAUGAUUCAGAUUUUAGCUUCUUGUCCGUUGAUAGUGGAAAAUCUUGUGGCUGAUGGGUUCCUGAAUCGAGUUGCUGGGGUCUUGAGCUGCGGAGUAUUGGGGUGUCGUAUUGCUGCAGCUAAAGCUGUUUACGAAUUGAGUUACAACACGAAAACCCGGAAAGAACUGGGCGAAAUUGGAUGCAUUUCUGCGUUGGUGAGGAUGAUGGAUGGAAAAGCAGUUGAGGAAAAGGAAGUAGCCGCAAAGGCAUUGUCGAGUUUGAUGGCAUUCCCGGGGAACAGGAGGAUUUUCAAGAAGGAAGAAAAGGGGAUUGUUAGCGCAGUUCAACUUUUGGAUCCCUUGGUCCAGAAUUUGGAUAAGAAGUACCCUGUUUUGAUACUCAUCUCCCUGGUUCAUUCCAAGAAAUGCCGUAAACAAAUGGUUGGUUCUGGGGCUUGUUCGCAUUUGCAGAAACUGGUGGAGAUGGAGAAUGUCGAUGGCGCUAAGAAGCUGUUGGAAAGCUUAGGUCGUGGGAAGCUAUGGGGAGUCUUUGGCAUUCAUUGAUUGAUGAUUCAGAAGUGAAAAAACUGAUUCUAGUGGAUGCUGCUUAAUCUGUAUGUAGUGCUAUACUUUGUCAUUGUUCUUGUUUCUUGUAAUUUCAUCUUUUUGUUUUUGUUUUUCAGUUUUUGUUUAUAAAAUUUGUGUUUAGGAUUUGAAGUAGAGGAAGUAAAUGUGAUUAGUCCUAGUGAUGAAGAUUUGGGUACAGGGAUGAGUAAAGAGUAAAAUCUUUGGUUGGGUGACCUAACUUGAAUUAGGAGUUCAUAGAUUUGUGUUUUUCUACCAAAACCCAAUAAGUUUAUACUAGCAGUAGUACUAUUGAAUAAAGAUGGUUAUGCCUA